AUGGGCCGGGCGGAGCCGACCGGUCCUACCGGUCGGCUCCGCCCCGAAAGCGGCCCCGAAAGCGGCCCGAGGCAAUUUUUAACCUCAUCGCUGGAACCCGAUCAACCUGAGCGGCCACACGUAUCGAGCUCGCUCUCGAGAAUGGAGGCGACAAUCUUCUGGACCCUGGUGCUGAUCCAGGAUCACCUCCUCCGCCAUGUUUGGAGCGCGCUGCCGCCGCCAAGUCACGUGACCAUGGAUUCGGUCAACAUGAGGCACGACCUGCGAUGGCGCCCCCCGCGGGCCCAAUGCAGCACGCCGCUGCGCUACUCGGUGCAGUUCCAGGGCGAGUUCGAGGCCACGGUUCUGAACGGCACUUGGCUGGAUUCUCCCGAGUGUCAGGACAUCACGCGCGCUCACUGCGACCUGUCCCUGGACCUGGGCUCCGACUCGGACUACAACGUCAGCGUGCGGGCGCGCUGCGGCUCCCGAAUCUCGUCGCGGGCGCAGCUGGUGGCGCCGUUCAACAGGAAGCGCACGGCGCUGACCGCGCCCGACGUGACGGCGUCGGCGGCGGGCGACGCCCUCCUGGUGUCCUUCGACCGGGCCCCGCCCGCCGCCUCCGUGGAGGUGGAGGUGUGGAACCGCGACGACGCCCGCGAACAGGUCCUCGCGUUCGAGGUUUCGGCCGAGCAGAAGCAGCUGCACGUCACCGACCUGCGGCGCGGAGCCACGUACUGCGUCCGGGCGCGCCUUCUGCUGGAAGGCAAAAUGCACAGCCGGGACACCCGAGAUCAGUCCCGACGCCCCCUGGAAGAGUCCCACCACGGGCGUGCUGACGCUGCUCCUCAUGGUGGGCGUCGCCUCCGCCCUCUUCUGGUGCGUCGCCCAGUGCCGGGCGCACCAUUACUGCCGCCGCCACUUCCACAAGGAGGCGCUGCCACGCUCGCUGCUUCUCGACGCUCCCGUCGCGACCGUCGUGCCGCGCGAGCCCGACCAGGAGGUGUGCGCGGACGUGCGUGUGGUACCGAAGGCCCGUCGCUAGCGGGACCGCCAGGGUCACGCUCGCCUCCGUGGGAUCGCUGUCGUGCAUUUGCAGCUUUCUUCUUCUUCUUCUUCUCGUCACAGAAGGCCCGGAAUGUUCUUCAGAACUUCCACCCAACGGUACGGCACGCGGAUGUAAACGAGCCGCGAUUCUGAUGCCGAUCAAAAGACCCCGAGAAAGAACGUUACGCUGCGGGUACGGAAUGGCAAGCGCAGAAAGUUGUUCGACCUCAAUCGCGCCGACCGCCGUUUCUAUCCGCCCGGCGAUUGGCCGGCGACCAGUUGAGGGCGUCGCUCGCCUCCCGCUGAGAUGGGCUCCGGCGCUCCUUGUGAGCAUAAGCGAGCCAGAAAACAUGGAAACGGAGCCUUUUCUCCUUCUGCUCUUAAACUAUAAAAGCCACGUUUUGCUUGUAUCGUUCUUUUGUUUUAUUUGUGGACUGCAAGAUUUCAGCUGGAGUUAGAAAAAAAAUAAAAAAAAUGUCCCCAUCAUCUCCUUGCAGAAAAGGUCCCUCAGAGGCCGGGCCUGGCGAUGGCCCACUUUGGCCGUCGUCGUCAAUGACGGGAACGUUUGUCCACUUCAAACACUUAAAGCUCAAAUCAGUUCAGUUCUUCAAGAUGAAUAAAAAAAAAAAAAAAAUCUUUUGUAAAAUGAUCUUUUUGUUUCAAGCGAAAUACAAAUGGAAAUGCAUCCUAAUAACGCACACUGGCUUUUCAAA